CACCAUUCCCCCUCCCAUAAUCAUUCUCUCAAUAUCCAUAAUUGUAUGGUUCCCACUUCCCACAAAAGCACAAUCAUUCCCAUCUUUCUUCCUCAUUCUCUGCUAACUUAUCGUUUUCAACAGGAUUUUGAUAUUACACCACCCAAUAACCAUUUUACAGCUUGAAAAACCUCCGCAAUUAACCAAGAAUUAGCCAUGGCGACGACAGUAGCGGAACCCACAUGGGGUGAAUUGCUGGGCAGCAAGAACUGGGAAGGCCUGCUUGACCCGUUAGACCUCAGUCUCCGCCGCCUCAUCCUCCGCUGCGGCGACUUCUGUCAGGCCACCUAUGACGCCUUCAACAACGACGAGAACUCCAAGUACGCAGGCAGCAGCCGCUACGGCAAGAAGUCCUUCUUCAGCAAAGUUAUGCUCGAGUCGGCGUCCGAUUACCAGGUCCAAUGCUUCCUCUAUGCCACCGCCAAAGUCGGCAUCAUCGAAGCCAUCUUCUUGCACUCGCGGUCGCGCGAGGCCUGGGACAGGGAAUCCAAUUGGAUUGGCUACAUUUCUACCACCACCGACGAAGUCAGCCGGGCCCUGGGCCGCCGUGAAAUCUACGUCGCGUGGCGUGGGACGACGAGGGACUACGAGUGGAUCGACGUGUUCGGUGCCAAGCCUGAUUCUGCUAAAGAGCUGCUGCAGCCCGGCGGCGAGGACGACGACGAAGACGAGGAGAAAGUGCCCAAAGUUAUGGAUGGUUGGCUCAAACUCUACGUUUCCUCCGAUCCCAAUUCUCCUUUUACCAAAUUUAGCGCGAGAAAUCAGCUCCAGAAGAAGAUUAAAGAACUGCUAAAACUGUACGAAAACGAAAGCCUGAGCAUUACCCUGACGGGGCACAGUCUUGGCGGCUGUCUGGCAACAUUAUCAGCAUUCGAUCUCGUCGAAAACGGGGUCAAUAAUAUCCCAGUUUCGGCUAUCGUCUUCGGCAGCCCACAGGUGGGAGACAAAGUUUUCAACGAGAGAAUGCGUCAGUAUCCGAACCUUAAAGUUCUGCACGUGAGGAACAGAAUCGAUCUGAUUCCACUCUACCCCAGCGAAUUCUUGGGGUACAAAAACACUGGGAUUCAGCUGGAGAUUGAUAACAGGAAAUCCCCAAGUCUGAAAGACUCCAAGAAUCCAAGCGACUGGCAUAAUCUGCAGGCGAUGCUGCACGUCGUUGCCGGCUGGAACGGGCCUCACGAGGAGUUUGAGUUGAAGGUGAAAAGGAGCCUGGCCCUGGUGAACAAGUCCAGUUCAAUUCUGAAAGAUGAGUAUCUGAUUCCAGGUUCGUGGUGGGUUGAGAAGAACAAAGGGUUGGUGCGUGAUGAGAACGGUGAGUGGACCUGGCCGGCGCCUGAUGAGGAUCAGCCUGUGCCUGAAUUCUGAAUUGUAGAUGACGUUGUUGUGGUUAACUGCUCAGGCUUGUAAAAUGGGCGUAUAAUAUUUUAUCCAAACUCAUAUCUAAUAAAUAUCUGUCUGUACUUGUAA